CGGCAGUCGAUCUGGUGGGUCACUCUGCUUCUUCAUCUGUUACAUACUUGGAUCAGAUAGCAUUCUCGAUACCUGUCUUAAACUAGUCGAAGAGGAAGCUAGUGGAUACUGGAGCUGUUCCCCUGCGCAGAGCAUCGCAUUGUCAUCGUCGCUUUGGGCUUUGCCAUCCCCCUCUCUUUCUCGCCGCCUCCCUGACAUUGUAUUCGGCUCCAUUCCUCCGACAACUUUACGGUAGGAGCUCUCGCCGCUGACCAUGUCAAACUUUCCACACUCGACAGGUCAUGCAUAUUCGCUCUCUGCAUCCUCAUAUACUGUCCAAGGCAAUCUUGAGAACCUCAUCACUGAAGCGAAAAAGCACCCUCAUGCUCGACGGAACUCUGUCCCUGAAUCACCCACGAUUCAUGUAUCUCAGCUCACUCCAUUGACGGCCAACGAUACGCUUCCUACGUCUUCUUCCGACAACCGAUCUGCUCGCCGAUCGUCAGCCUAUUCUCGCCGACCUGUCAUUUCGACGAUUAGAGAAGCCUCCUAUGACGAUGGAGCUGCGAUACUCCUCGGAGACGAUUCUGAGGAUCCCGAUACGGCCCGAUCUGAACGUACGGGUCUCUUGAAGAGGCAGCAAGAGUCAAAGGCUCGUCGCAGAUCCUACGGCGCGACCUCAGAGCCAGUAGGCAAAUCUCAAGGGAAACGAAGGUCUAGCUCGAGUGGAGUCAGUGGGAAUUCGCGCAGCCGAUCCAAAGCUCGGACGCCUCCUCGCAAGGGUCUCUUACACGGGAGAAUGAAAAUGACUACCGAUCUGUCCGAUUCAGAUGGAGAAGACAAAUUGGAUGAUGAUCUCGAUCAAGUAUCAAGAGGUCGAGCCGUCGAAUCGAGACCCCUUUCGCCCGUGUCCACCCGAGCUUCCGAUGUCAACUCUGUGACGCAUUCUAGGCGCAUGUCGCACGCUCGUUUCGCAGAUGAUUCAUCAGGAGAUGAAGGCGGGGACGUUGUUCGUGGUCUGCUGGGCUCGGGAGGGGGAGCAAUGUUGGGGAGAUCGGGAUUCGGAUUGACACCUUCCGCACCUGGACCAGGUCCAGCCCAGUCAGUGAACGGUGGGAACAUGGGCGGGCUGGGACUCGACUUCGAUCCCGCUGAAGAGUUGGACGCCGAGGAUCUGCAGUUGCCAGUUACCGAAGAUGGCAAGGAAGCGAGAGUAUGGACGGAAGCCCUGAAGGUUGAGAUUCCAAUCCUGCUGCGUUCAUCUGUCCCGGUGUUCUUUACCCAAAUGGCAGAAUGGUCCUUGGUCCUCGCAUCAGUUGUGUCGAUAGGUCAUCUCGGAACCACAGAAUUAGCAGCGUCAUCCCUCGCCAGCAUGACAGCAUCCGUCUCAUCCUUCUCCAUCCUUCAAGGCAUGGCAACAUCUCUUGAUACAUUGCUUCCCGCCGCGUGGACGUCAUCAGAUCCAUCUCGAGUCGGUUUGUGGACACAGAGACAGGCGGUCGUGACGGCUAUGACUAUGAUCCCCAUGUUUGUGCUUUGGUGGAAUGUGGAGGGUAUUCUUCUGGUCCUCGGCCAGGAAAAGGAUGUUGCCCAUGCCGCUUCGCAAUACCUGCGUUAUCUUUCGUUUGGAAUUCCAGGUUACGGGGGCAAUGUCGUGAUGAAAAAAUAUCUCCAAGCGCAGAACCUAAUGCAAGUCCCGACAUAUGUCUUAUUUAUUGUUGCACCAUUCAACAUCCUCUUAAACUAUCUCUUGGUUUGGGGUCCCAACAGUGUCCGUCUCGGUUUCGUUGGGGGUGCUUUGGCGACCGCGAUCAGUUACAACUUUGCUUUCCUCCUGAACCUGUUUUGGGCGCUAUUCCUGGGACCGCGUGAGGCGUUCCACCCUCUCAAGUUUCAGCACGUCUUUUCUAAACUCGGCACGAUCACCACGCUGGGGCUCAGUGGUACCAUCAUGGUCUCAUCCGAAUGGUGGGCAUGGGAGUGUUGCGCUCUCGCUGCAUCUUUGCUAGGCCCUACUCCGCUGGCCGCUCAGUCGGUUCUCCUUUCGACCGCCUCCACCUUCUUCCAGGUCCCUGCUGCCCUUGGUGUGGCAUCGGCAGUGCGAUGCGGAAAUUUGUUGGGCGCCGGCAGAGCCUGGGAGGCGUGCUGGUCAAGUCGGGCAUGUCUUAUCCUGAGUAUCGUGUUUGCUUUGAUCAACACGGCUAUCUUGGUCGCAUCUCGGAAUAGUUGGGGCUAUCUAUUCAACUCUGAUCCCGAAGUUGUCGGCAUCGUGGCAUCGGUAUUGCCUUUUAUCGCUCUGUUCCAGCUUACAGACGGAAUCGCCGCCACCGCUGGAGCCAUUCUUCGAGCUCUAGGUCUGCACACGACGGGCGCCCUGAUCAACUUGACUUGCUACUAUAUCAUUGGACUUCCGCUUGGUCUUUGGUUGACAUUCGCUCCAGAGGCUCACUUGGGUCUCAUUGGAAUCUGGCUCGGUUUGAGCUUUGCAUUGGGCUACGCCAGCGUCGUCAGUUUCAUGUUAGUCUGGCGAGCAGACUGGCAUCGAGCUGUCGAGCGAGUGCGAGAGAGGCUCGGUCUGGGAGCAAAGGGAGAAGUAGGCGCGGAUGGAAAAUGGGUCGAAGAUGAUUCGAGCAGAUUAUUGGCAGAUGACGAGUCGGCGGAAGAUGGACAGCAGCAUGCGAACGGCGGCGGCGCGCAUAACUGAAAUGAUGAUACGAGUUAUAGAUCUACGAUCUACUUGUAGUGACCUAGUGACUGUUUCUCACGAGUCUGUCGCAGGUCUACGAAUAAUGAUUGAUCUUUGUGCAUAAUACAUGGCUGCCGCGCGAGAGAAGUCGGUGCGGAUUCUG